AUGGGACUUGAACUUACAUUACGUCAUCUUAUCGAAGAAGACGAAUCGUCGAGCAAUGACGAUGAAGACGAACUAGAUAAAUCUUCUGAUUCAGACGAGAACAAGUUUGAGUUUACAAGAAAAUUCUGUGCAACAUUUAUCGAAGAUGUGCCAAUCCUUCGACGUGAACUUGAAUUAACAGCACUCUGCAGUGUCACAUUGAAUAGUGAUGAUUCAGAUCGUUUUGAAUUGAAAGCACUUCGAUCGUUCACUGCUGAUUCAUUCGAUCAUGAAUCCAAAAUUCAUAAUAAAAUGGUUGUUACUUUGUACGAUGCUUUGGGUAGUGUAUUCAAGACGAAGGGAAAACUCAUGGAAGCUUACUAUUAUUAUCAGAAAGCAUCAUUAUAUGACGAACCUCAAUCACAGACAUCUUCUACAAGGUAG